GAGGGAUGCUUUGCAGCGAAUUGGCAUUGUGCCGGAUGGGCCGUAUGUCGGGCCACCGUUAAGUGGGUUGGAUAACAUGGGUGAUCUGAAUAAUUAUCAUGUGGUAGGGCAUGAGUGCCUGGAAGCCUAUCUGUUGGUGAGCCAGGAGCUGGUGGAAGGGCAGCCAUACGCAGAUAUCCAUGGGGUGGCAGUGGCUCAAGAAGACGACUGUCCCUGUGCCGCUGCGAGUAAAGGCGAUACUGGACCUGGGCAGGACUGGCUCCCCAGUAAGGCCGAGGAAGAAGUUGAAGCUAAGUGGUACAAAGCUUAA